AUGACUCCAUCAAACGACAUCAGUGCUACCUACGCUGUGGGCAGUAGCACCCAUGGCUAUCAGGUGCAAUUGCGAACCGAUCAAAUAACGAUAAACCAAGACCUUGAUUCCACCAAACCAAGCAUUUUGAUCUACGCAGAGACUGUUGUCAUCGCGAGUGAUAUUACUCUUGAGGCAAUCGAGACCGAACUUGGUGCUUCAGUCCCCAGAAAUCUCCUCAUCUGUUGCAACCACUUGAUUCUUGGCUUGGAUCGAAUUUCCAUCAAUGUCUGUGGCAAAUCGCAGCAUCAGGCUAUCACCGACCAGACGGGUGCAGAUGGUGAGAAUGGCGGGUCCAUCAUAUUGUGCGUCGAGUCUUUGGAACAUGAUCAACUAGGACACAUCGGAGAUGAUAACAAGAAUCAUGGCUUAUUUCUGAAUGCAUGGGGAGGAGAAGGCGGAAUGGGUGCGGACAUGGUAGAAGAAGGACAGGCAGGCAAAGACGGUGGCAAUGGAGGUAAUGGUGGCACCGUUAAGAUCUUCUAUGGGAAUGGCGCUUUGACAGCACUCAAGGCCUUACGACAGGACCCACCGCCAAAAGAACCAAGAUGGGCCGCAAAAGCCCGUAGAUUGCAGAACACUCUGCUCGCAGGACUUGACGACGUCUACAAAGGUCACUCUUUCGAACCUACCAAUCUCAACGCACUGUCCAACACAGUUUCAGAUUACCGCGAUUUAUUCACGGCUUGCUCCGCGUUACAGACCAGUCUCACGGCUAUGCUCUCCUUACAACCCCCAGUACCAGCAUCAUUGAAGACUGGUGGAUCAAAUUUACUAGUUGAGCUCCAAAAAAUACUUCUAUCUUCUACUGGUCCAUCCGACAGUGCAACGAUUCGCAGCCAAGCCAAAGAUUUGGCGCAGGGCAUUGAUGCAUUUAUUCAGUCUGGUCUGAGCACGUCCGCUGACGAGCUGGUAUCGCGCAUCAACGAGUCAAUGUCCACAUUCAAUGCUCAACCUGACACGCAGCUCGACAACGAACUCGCUGCGGUCGAGAGGGAUUGCUCCGCAAUGAUAUCCAACAUGGAUACCCGCGCCAGGGAUCAUACUGUCAAUGUAAGCAAAGGACAUGGAGGAAGAGCGGGCAACGGAGACAUCAACGUGCCUCCCGGAAAACGAGGCAUCGAUGGCUCAAAUGGCAAUGUUUUUGUAACAGAUUUACAAUUCAGCGGGAGCCCAGAGGACCUUAAAAUCGACGAAGUGAUUGCACAACCGGACCAAUGUCAGAUGUUGCUCAACACGGCUGACAACAGUUUUAUCAAGGGUGACGACUCCAGUAGAGCUCUCGCCGCAGGACUCUAUUCUCGCUUGACUGACAGACUGGCAUUUGUGCCUGCCCUGAUGGAUGAAGGAAAGGAGGAGACAGCCCUGUACCAGGCCUACGCGACUGCGGAGGAAAAUGGCCUGACAGUCAGUACGUUCACGCAAUUGCAGUCAAUAUACCAGCAAGCUGGCGCAAGACUGGGUUUGAUUCUCACUGGCCGUGAUCUCUUCGGUCAUGACGAAUACUGGGUCCCUCGAUUGUCUUAUCAGUAUUUUGACGAUCGUUAUACGGAGCUCUCAGCUCAUUUAAAAGAGGCCGAGCAGAAAUUUUCCGAGUACGAAGACGCCCUUAACAAUAGCAGGUCGACGAAAUCAUUCUUGGAAGAUAGCAUCUCUGUUGCAGACACAAGGGCAAAAAACGCUGAAGCACAGAUCGCAAUGCUUACAGACGAGAAUGGUCCAAUGAAUACUAGCAAGUUUCAAAUUGGAUCAUUCACUCCCAUCUUGAAAAACAAACGUGGCGAGAUCAAAGGUGAAGUCGCAACUAUCAUCAGUGACAUCCAGCACAGCUUGAACAUGGACCCUGGGCACUUUCUGGACGCGCUUUCGGCCAUCGCCAUGGCACCGGAAAAGCUGAACAUUGGUGUCCAAGUAUUCCAGGCUGGGAUGAAGACGAUGACAGAAGCGCAUUCCAUAAAGGGAGAGGAUGUGAACACGAAAUAUGUUGUGUCACAGAUCACGCAAUGUGGUGACACCAUUCAGUCUCUGGAAGAGGGCUAUAACACUCUGUCUGAUGGUUCAAUAGAAGUGGACGACCCUGGCGCCGCGAAAUUAUUGAUGGCAGAAAAUGACCUGGAGAACUUGGUCACGGAAUUCCAGAGCGCCAUCCCGGAAAAACACAGGGACACCUUGAUCAAGUCAUUGAAUGAGUACGUCUCCUAUAUCAAACAGCGGAACAACGCAGUGAUGACCUACAAUGCUUGCAUACAUUUGCUGUAUCAGGCGGAGAAGGACAAAAGGUACUACACAGCGCAGGGUCAAGACUUGAAGUCAAAGAAAGAGGAGAUUGAUCCUACUCUUCCUGCCAUCACCUUUUGGCUCAAGAAGUCUCUGAACGAUCUGCGGCUUGAUUGCCUGCGAGUGCUCAACUACGGUGGACAUGCACUCCGUUUUUGGGGUCUGGUGGACAUCCCACUGGGCUUUCAAGGGGAUGGGACUUUCCCUGAUUCCAUCCAGAUUAACCGGUACAAAGACCAACUUGACAACAACAAAGAGACAGGCCUGAAUGAGUUGAGUGACCCCACCAUGAUGAUCCCAGGGGACGACUCCAAUCCCAAACGCGGAGUCUUCUACAAGUUGACCGACGGCGAGAGAAAUGUCCUGCUCGAUGGACUAAAAGAUCCCGACGCCCCAGGCUACAAGAUCUACCAAGUAGUGCUACAAAACAUCGUCCCAGCCUACCGAACCAGCGUGGUAGACACCAACCCGUUCGCAAACUGCGCCAAUGUGCGCAUUCACCAGGUUCGUGUGUGGCUUCCCAAAGCCCGCGUGACCCAACCGGACGGAAUACCCAAACUACGCGUCGACUUCGUCCAAUACGGCGACGAAACCGUCGUCCCGACUCAAUGGACACCCAAGGAUAGACCCAUCUCAAUCGCAUGCCGCCACGCCAGCGUCGGCGGCUGGUCGACGUACAACACCAGGGGAAUCGAUAGUCUCGAUGACAUCACGAAGGCGACGGACAUGGACGUCCAGGAUCUCGCGCAGGGUUGUUUUACCAACAAGUCGAAAAUGUCGGCGGAGCUGAUGGCGCCAAUUGGGCCGUUUGCGACUUGGGAGAUUACGAUUUAUGGUAGGAACCACGAGAGUGUGAAUUUCGAUCAAGUCGACGAUGUUUGGGUCGAGUUUUGGGUCACGGCGAUGAAGUUUAAGGACAGGCCGAGUGCAAAGUCUUAG